AUCGAAAGCAAAAUAAUGUCUCGCUACGGAAAGCACCCACGCCUCAGCCUGGAGCAAAGUGUAAGCUUCCAGAUCCCAGAUGAACCAGAUGAGUUCCCACUGGUUCCCACAGCCGAGAAAGAGGAGAGGCAGGAAGAAGAGGAGGUAAAAGAAGAAGAGAAAGAAGAUGACAAUACGCAGAAAAAUGAGGAAGAUAACAAUGAGAAGGAAGAAGAGGAAGUAAAAGGGAAUGAAGAUGAAAAGGAAGAGUGUGGUGAUGAAGUGGAUGAGGAAGAAAAUGAGAAGGAAGAGGAAGAAUCAGAGAUAGCUUCCAUGUUUUUCUCAUCUUCUAAUGUUUCUCUACCAAGUUUCACCCCUCCUUCUCCUUCUUUCUCCUCCUCCUCCUCCUCCUCCCCCCCCCCCCCCUCCUCCUCCUCCUCCUCCUCAAUCUUUUCUCUGUUUCAGAGCAACCUGGAGGGAAAUGCAGGCUAUGCUCCUGGGAUACUGAGCAUUUUUCAGAAUGCUCAAAGCUUCUUCCCCUCAUCUAUUUUAGGGGUGAAUUUAGAUGAAACAAGCAGCAAUGACGAAGAGAGUUCAGGUGCCAGUCAGUCUUCUGAAGAUCCUGAAGCUCUGCUGGAUGUUGUGAUACAAGAAAAGGCUACUGAUCUGGUGUUUCUUUUCAUUUACAAGUAUAGAAUGAAGGAACCCAUCACAUUAUCAGAAAUUCAUGAGGUUGUCACCAAAGAUUAUGAGAACCAUUUUCCUGUCAUCUUCAUGGAAGCUUCUAAGUGCUUGGAGAUGACCUUUGGCAUUGAUAUAAAACAAAGUGAUCUUCUAAGCAGUGCUUAUGUCUUUGUCAACUCUCUGAACCUCACCUAUGAGGACACGCUGAGUGACAAUGAUAGAUUGCCUAGAAAUGCUUUCCUGAUAGUCAUUCUGGGUGUAAUAUUCAUAGAAGGGAACUGUGCUUCUGAAGAAAGAAUCUGGGAAUUCUUGAAGCUGGUAGGAGUGCAUGAUGGGGAGGAGCAUUUCAUUUGUGGGGAUCCCAGGGAGUUCCUCACUAUAAAUUUAGUGCAGGAAAAUUACCUGGAGUAUCGGCAGGUGCCUAAUAGCCAGCCUCCGUGCUUUGAGUUCCUGUGGGGUCCAAGAGCCUAUGCUGAAACUACCAAGAUGAAAGUUUUGGAGUUCUUGGCAAAGAUGAAUGGGUGUGACCCAACUGAUUUUUCUGUCUGGUAUGAAGAGGCUUUGAGAGAUGAGGAAGAGAGGGCCUGGGCCACAAGGGACUCCGAAGAUGGAAGCCCAACCAUGUGGCUUGCAGAGCGCUGA